CUGGGGUUUUUUUUCCUCAGGAAAAAGUCAAUUCAGUUUUCGUUUGCACGCGCUCUGUGUGGGACAUUACCUGUCCUCUGUUUGUCCUCUCCCGUCCUGUGUUUGCUUAUCUCUGCAAAGUGUCAGCACGUUUACUCCAUGGAGGCCAUAGCCUUAGCGGACUUUAACGCAACAGCAGACGAUGAACUGAGUUUCAAGCGUGGACAAGUACUGAAGGUUCUGCAGAAAAAACAUGGCGACAACUGGUACAAAGCAGAGGUGAAUGGGAGAAAUGGCUUCAUUCCAAAGAACUAUAUUCAACUGAAACCACACCCGUGGUAUAUGGGGCGCAUAACUCAAGCUGAAGCUGAAGAACAACUGAUGAAACAGAGACGAGAGGGAGCCUUCGUCAUCCGAGAGAGCGAGUGUACUGUAGGGGAGUUCACCCUCUCUGUCAAGAUUGACCAUGGUGUCCAGCACAUUAAGGUCUUGCGUGACGGUGCAGGAAAGUAUUUCCUCUGGGUGGUAAAGUUCAACUCAUUAAAUCAACUGGUGGACUAUCACCGCACCUCCACAGUGUGCCGCACUCAAUCAAUCUAUUUCAAAGAUGCUGAGGGAAUCCAGGUACAAAAACACACACAUACAGGCCAUAAAUAUGCUCAUUCAAGUGCUUCCACAAACCCAGAGAACAGAUGUGUAGAAAGGCUUACAGUAAAAUAUGCAUGCCCGUAGUUGAUGAAAGUCUUACCACAACAACCAUUUAGUAGCUGCUCAUGUCAUUCGACGUUCCUCAGCACUCACUUUUCCCUAGUUGUCAUGUAAAUUUAACUGUUGAGGAGGAUUAUGUGACAUGGUUGAAAGCUAAAUAAAACUUGGGGCAGUUGUGUUUUCAGCUUCUGUUUCCAAGGAAGAUAAUAAACUUUUAACCUCAUCAUAUAGUAUAUGCACAAGGUUUUUUUAAUAUAUGUAACCAAAGCCCAUAGAUUUUUAAUUUCAUCAGCAGAUACAGUUCACUCUGGUGUCAUGCAGUGUAUUUACUUGGCCAGCCCAUCAAAAGAUUAUAGGCCUAUCCCCAAGUAUACAUGUUUUUUUUUUGUAUACGAAAAAUGCUCAGAUUUAUA